GUUUAUUAGUAGAGUAUACUAUUCGAAGUUGUUUCUGAGUUUGUAAUAAAGAAUUAAUAUAAGUAUAUUCGCACUUUCAGCGAAUAAAUAAAUUCCACGAACGCGGAUUAUGAAGGCAAUUUCUGACAAUAUUUUUCCUGCAAACUUGAACAAUAAGCAGAUUUGCGACGAGAUAAUUAGAAAGUGUUCACCAUCCCGUCGCCUGGAAUCUCGAGAACUUGCAAAAAUUCUCAUACAGCCGCAUAUCAGGGGGCUUUUGCGCGCUCAUGACGAAAUAGGUGAAGCGUACAUGCAACUUAACAAAUUUCAGGGACAACGAAAUAAAUUAGAAUUGUACCGUGAAAAGUGCUAUCUCUUUCCUUCUGAAGUUCUUUACAAUAAAAUGCCUAUAGAAGCAGAGAGAAUAGUUGGUCUUAGACGUGUUGAAAACAAGCCUUUGGGGUUCACCGUCGAAGUUAACAAACAAAAUUUAUUAUCAGUAGCCCGUAUAUUAGCUGGUGGAACUAUUGAUAAGCAAGGUCUCUUGCGGCCUGGUGAUGUCAUACUCGAAGUUAAUGGAGUUCGAGUUAAUACACCUGAGGCUUUACAAAUUGAAGUGUCUCGCUCAAAAGAUAACCUUACUAUAAAGGUUGCGCCACAAAUAGAAGACGAUAUUACGGAAACCCCUACUACGAAAAAUAGCGUUAUUGAAAGUCCCGGAAAAAAACUAACGUGCUUUAUGCGAGCUUUAUUUAAUUAUGACCCCUUUGAGGAUUCAUUACUGCCUUGCAAAGAUAUCGGUUUGCCAUUUAAAUCGGGUGACAUUUUACAGAUAAUGAGUGUAAAAGAUCCUAAUUGGUGGCAAGCAAAAAAUUGCAACGAUAAAUCGGAUCGAAUUGGAUUAAUACCUUCACAGGAAUUAGAAGAAAGACGCAAAGCAUUCGUGAUACCUGAAGCUGAUUUUGCUCAUAAAAUAAGCAUAUGUGGGACCAAGGUGUCGAAACGUAAGAAAACCAUGAUGUACAAAUCCAUAGCCAAUUGCGAUUUUGAUAAAGCCGAUUUGAUGUUAUAUGAGGAGGUAACUAGAAUGCCUCCAUUUCGCAGGAAAACUCUUGUUUUAAUAGGUGUGCCAGGAGUUGGUAGACGCACUUUGAAAAAUCGUUUAGUUAAUAGUGAUCCCGAACGUUUUGGCAUCGUUUUACCGCAUACUUCUAGACCUAAGCGACCACUAGAAGAAGAUGGAGCCAGCUAUUAUUUUACAGAUCGGGAAAAAAUGGAAGAGGAAAUAAAACGAAAUGAGUUUCUUGAGUAUGGAGAACACAAUGGUUAUUUAUAUGGUUUGCAUUUAAAGUCUGUAAAAGACGUGAUCGCCAGCGGUCGUAUGUGUAUAUUAGAUUGCGCUCCAAGCACUUUGAAAUUUUUGCAUAAUAGCCAAGAUUUAAUGCCGUUUGUUAUAUUUAUCGCUGCUCCCGGAAUAGAACAACUUAAGCAAGUUUAUAAUGAGCGACGCGCAACAGGAUCUGUUAAAAAUUUAACGUUCGAUCGACAAUCUUCGAUUCGGUUUAGUUCAAGGCGAGCUCGUACCUUGGAAUCGCUGGCCUCUUUAUAUGAGGAAGAUGACUUGAUUGCCACGGUCGAGGAAAGCUGUUUCCUUCAGCGACGUUAUGGGAAAUAUUUUGAUAUGGUAAUCGUUAAUGAGGACUUUGAUGCCACAUUUCAACAAGUUGUAAAAGAACUUGAUCAAAUGAGCCAUGAGGAGCAGUGGGUUCCAGUUGAUUGGAUAUACUAAAAAUAAAAUUGCCUUAUAACUCGAAUAAAUACUACGAAUAGUUUUUAAUAAAGAUAAUAUCCCCCAUUCGAAACUUUAA